UGCGCGCCGAUUCACGUGUUGUGAUUGUUUGGAUCUAUGUCCAUGGUUUGGAUGCGGCAGAUGUGUUAUUAUCCAAUUACUAGGUUUCAACUGAACAAAAGUCUCGCAUACCAGAAGAUUGAAGACCUCGCCGCCUACCAUUCUAGUUCAACUGGUUGCCAUAGUUAAGGGGCUCAACUGGUAGAGCAAGGCAUACACACUGCCUGGCAUAGGGAUCCUUCCAAGGAGAUGAGUGACAGCGAUGAUGACGUGCCGCGGCUGUCUGCGGACACGCUGGCUGCACUGCAGGAGUUCUACAACGAGACAUCCCACCCCGACGCCCCCACUGCUGCCUCUGCAGACAAAUUCUCUGUGGGAGCAGUAGGAGAGGACUGGGGUAUGAGUCAGUUCUGGUAUGACGAUGUAACUGCCACCCGGUUGGCUGAGGAGGUGAUCCAAGAGGCGGGAGAUGGUGGGAGGAUAGCGUGCGUGAGCGCCCCCAGUGUGUACCAGAAGCUGAAGCAGGGAGUCGUCGAGGGUUCUGACCGGAUCUCGGCCGUGUUGCUAGAGUACGACCGGCGCUUCGCCGCCUACGGCGAUGACUUCCUCUUCUACGACUACAACCAUCCACUGGCGCUGCCCGCGGCCCUGCAGGGGGCCUUCGACAUUGUGCUGGUGGACCCCCCCUACCUCGCCCUCGAGUGUCUCUCGAAGAUCACCCAGACGGUGAAGUAUCUGAGCAAGGGAAAGGUGCUGCUCUGCACAGGAGCCAUCAUGGAGGAGCACGCCGAGGAGCUUCUGGGCCUGAGGAGGUGCGGCUUCCUCCCCAAACACAACAAGAACCUGGCCAACGAGUUCCGCUGCUUCACCAGCUACGACUCCCGCCUCCUCUCGUGCUGAGCCAGGGGGGGGGGGGGGUCAGCCUCUGUCCUCACUCUAUCCUUUCCUGGGUCAGGCGGUUUCUGACGGUAUAGCCCCCGAUUGGUUUGGGGGAGCGUGACACCCUGAAACCCGAGCGAUCGUCGACCAUCGAAGGCUGAAAAGUUACCUGCGCGGACUGCACCUUGACCCACGAAAGAAAUGAAGACCAGAAUGGAAAGUUCUCUCGUUUCUGAAUCAAUCGGUGAUCAGAGUCUCUGCGUUCCACCAGGGAGGCUGGUCGCUCCCCUUCCAAGGACUGUAACUUACCGAAGGUUGCCACACAGAACAACCAACAGACUGAAAGACACUAAAAGAUCUUCUGACACAAUAUUGAUUGAAUAAAGUGAUUUUAAUAAAAGUCUCAUUGAGGUAUCUGA